ACUGCGUGGAAUGAAUGGCCGGGCUUCAGUUAAAGGGGGCGUAAGAGGAGCUAGUGCCAGUCCACGGAGAAAGAGGGACCCUCCGCAAUAAACACAGGCAAGCGAAAGAAAUAAACACACAAAUCGGAACAACAAUCCGAGAUGCUGCAAAAUCCCGCUCUCUCUCCGUGCUAGGGCACCUAGUAAGAUAAUUAUUCCAUUCUUCGUGUGUGUUUAAAAGCAAUCAACAUUCACAGUUUCCAGAGGAAAAACGUAAAGGAAUCUCUUUACUUCGUUUCAUGGGGAUUUUUUGAGUUACAAGUUAACUACCAGUGAAUAUAGAGGUGUUCGAUAAGACGAGCUGUAUAGGUUUUUUUUUCUUCCUAUGAGUGGAUCAUCGUGUUGAGCUUCGCCUGAUAUGGUGUUUCCAUGCAUGGAAGUUGUAAUUUCCAUAACCGAAUAGACAAUUGAAUUGUAUUUUUUAUAUUUCUUUUGUUAUACACACAAGCUGAUUCGAACGAAAUUCGCUUUGAGAAACCAUGUUACUGGACGCAGGUCACCAGUUCCCCGGACUGGGAGUUGGCACAUUUGCCAGGCAUCACUCAGCGAGCGAGAUGCAGGAGAGAGACUUGAGUUUAGCACAAAAUAGCUUCGUCGACUCCGCACACAUGGGUGCAUUUAAACUGAACCAUGAUCUUUCUCCAGGACAGAGCUCUGCUUUCACCUCCCAGGCGCCCGGCUACCCCGCAGCGGCUUUGGGGGCGCAUGCAGCCCAUGUCACCUCGUACGCGAGUUCCCCGUUCAACUCCACCAGGGACUUUCUCUUUCGCAGCCGCGGCUUCGGAGAAUCAUCUCAGGCGAGCAGCCAGCACGCUAUUUUCGGCCCCACGGCGGGGUCUCUCCAUCAUACCCACACAGACAGUCAAGGCCACAUUCUGUUCCCCGGGAUCCACGACCAGCAUGGGUCCCACGGAUCCCCGAAUGUGCUCAAUGGGCAAAUGCGUCUUGGACUACCGGGGGAGGUUUUUGGGCGUUCCGAUCAGUACCAUCAGAUCUCCAGCCCAAGGACAGACCCUUACUCGGCCGCCCAGCUCCAUAACCAGUAUAGCAGCAUGAAUAUGAACAUGGGAAUGAACAUGGGAGCCCACCACCACCACCCCGGUGCCUUCUUUCGCUACAUGCGGCAGCAGUGCAUCAAGCAGGAGCUCAUCUGUAAAUGGAUCGACCCAGAGCAGCUGAGCAACCCCAAGAAGAGUUGCAACAAAACUUUUAGCACCAUGCAUGAGCUGGUCACGCACGUCUCAGUGGAGCACGUCGGGGGACCGGAGCAGAGCAACCACAUCUGCUUUUGGGAAGAGUGCCCCCGCGAGAGCAAACCGUUUAAGGCGAAAUACAAACUGGUGAAUCACAUUCGGGUCCACACGGGUGAGAAACCCUUCCCCUGCCCCUUCCCUGGAUGUGGCAAGGUCUUCGCAAGGUCGGAAAAUUUGAAGAUUCACAAGCGCACACAUACAGGUAAUUAUACGAUAUUUAUAGGAUUUUACCUAAAUGUCUCAGGCUUUUAUUCGUUUCGUAAAUGUGCACUGCACAUUUUAGAAUUCACCAUGCCAACGCACCAUGCUUUAUUUAAUCAUAGCCAAUUGUAGCCUAUAGCCUGCAAAAAGCGCCUUUUCUCGUCGCCAAAAUACCCCAGUCGAUAUUCAAUUGAUAAGGGUAUUUUUAGACUGCCAAAGUAGACAUUCACAUCUCUGUCAAAGUAGAUUUAGAUCAACAACAACAACAAAAAAAUCGCUAUAGCCUAACGUGCGAAUUCGAUUAUCCAAUAGUAGCCUAAACACAUAGCUGGCGAGUCUGGAAACAAUUAGCGUUUGCACAGUUUAGAAGAAAUGAAAUGUUUCGCAGCAAUUUGCUAAAUUAUGUAACAUGCUUUUGAGGUUUUGUGGUUCGUAAACUUUAAAAUGGGUCAAAGGCGAGGUGAGGGCUUCUGGCUCGCAUUGCGUGCGUGGAGUAGGCUAUAGCUUAAAUCUCAUCAACCGGUUUAAUGUUUACGCAAGACUGAGCUUUUAGGAUUCUAUCUGGAAUGCCUCGCCUCUUUUUCACAAAUCGAUUUUGUUAUUUUAUUUUGUCCACGGAGAAAUAUUGUUUGGCAUUUUUGUUUUUAGGAAAUUGUAUGGUGAGUUUACUCUUCAGGCGCAUGCGAGUGUGUUUUGUGAAUGUGUGUCAUGGCCCUUUUAUUUUUUUCACACAAUCCAUUGAUAGUAGGUGCAUUACCAGCCUUUCACAUUUUGAAUUUUUUCUGGGGGGAUUUGGUUAUGCUAUGCAGCCAUGGAAUUGGUCAGGUGCUAAUUCGUUUUAUUUUUUUAUAUAUUUUUUUCCCCAAUCAAAUGGUGCGCCCUCUGCACCAGUAGCUAUUGUCCCACAUGGGAUGUUUGCGUUUUGUUUAGGCCUAUAUAAAUUUAAGUCGGGCAUAUUGUAGCCUAAUUAAACCAUUUUGCAUUUCAUUUUUGAUAGGAUAUGAAAUAAAUAUUGUUAAGUAAUUUUACUUACUACUUACAUUAAAUUGCUGUGAUUCAAAACAAAUAGCCAUAGGCCUAAAUGUUUUGCUAUUUCUUAAAACCCACCAUUUCCUGCAUAAAAGAGAAAACGUCUGCUCCCACAAACAAAGUUAACCAUCUUUAAAUUAAGUUUGUGAAUCAACAGAGAUUUAACCGAAUGGAAGGCAUGUGUGAACAUCACUGCAUUUACUCACUAUGACGAAUAGCUAAAUGACUUAACCCGCUACUCGUCGUUAAAUGGCCAUGUUAUUGAAUGCAACUCGUAUAGUAUUAGGCCUAAGGCAUAGUCGUUUUGUAGGCUUUUUCUGAGGAACUGAAUCUAACCUGUCUGUUUUAUCCCUCUUUUUCUGCAGGAGAGAAACCAUUCCAAUGUGAGUUUGAAGGCUGUGACAGGCGGUUUGCCAACAGCAGUGACCGAAAGAAGCACAUGCAUGUCCACACGUCAGACAAACCGUAUCUUUGCAAAAUGUGUGACAAGUCCUACACACAUCCCAGCUCUCUACGAAAACACAUGAAGGUAAAUUGACUUUGUCUUUCACUUUCCAGCUGAUAUUAGCACGUAGCCUAAGGCUUGUUUACGUCUGUGUUUUGCGUGCGUAGGACAUGUUUGUCAGUGAUUUGGUUUUCCUCUGUUAUUUAGGCCUACACAUUUACGUUCCCCAUCAUUCUUGAAGCACUUUGAAGUCAAACUUCACAAUUUCCCAUCAUAUACUAAUAGUAUCUGCACUUUUUCCAGGUCCACGAAGCGGCCCCUCCAGCGUCCGACUCCUCGCCUGCAGCCAGUUCUGGUUACGAGUCAUCCACACCGCCCGGCUUAGUCUCCCCCACCACCGAGACCCAAAGCAACAACAAUCUUUCGCCCGCGUCCGCAGUCCACAAUAACAACAACGGUCACAGCAACCUAUCGUCUAAUUUCAGUGAAUGGUAUGUUUAGGACUGAACCGAAAAGCGAAUACAGAACCAUUGCUCAGAACCCCAACCAGCGCAGGAGAUUUGGACACUCAUGCUCCGAGGAGAGCAUGAAUACUAUGAACGCUUCAAAAGCAUACAAGUCGAUUUAAAACCACCAGGGAAGAGAACUCACUUACCAACAGAAGAAAAUAUGUAAUAUGUUCAAGGAGUAUUCAAUAUAUUUGUAAAUAAUUAUUACACUCCGUCUUUCCCAUUGGUUGUGAUAGAUUUUGUCGUUCUUUGGUGUAUAGAUGUUCCUUCAAUGGUAGCUAUUUCUCUAUCUGGACUUUUAGUGCACAUAUUACGAUAAAAGUUGUAUUAUGAUGUUAAAUAUUGUGAUCCUAAGGCAAAUUGAUUGUAACUAUACUAAACAUCUAUAAACUGGAAAGAGUGCCAAAGUCAACACUUAACUCAAACAGUCCACAAUAUUUUGCUUGUGAAUGUUGGCUUAUAUUUUAGUUUGCUGGGCUUAACUUGUGAUGUUUUGUGCUUUGCAAGUUUUGAAUUGUGAAAUGCUAUCUGGAAGAAUAGACGUUGUGCCGUUGGAUUUUCUGUAACUACAUCCUUCGUUUUGUAAAUAUCGACUGCCAUAUUUAUCCGUUUGUAAUUAAAUUAUGGUAUUCACUUGCUACAGAUUAAACAAUAUUUAUAAAGAAUGUUUCUUUACUAUAAAUAUGUACAAUUAUGAGCUAAACAGGGGCAGUUGUUUUGUUAUGUGUUUUUGUUCAAAGUUAAAGAGGUGUUUUCUUCAUUAUUGUGAUAAGAAUUUUACUGCAUACAAAUAUAAUAAAACGUGUUGCAAGUGUUAAAAAACA